AUGGUUAGGACUGCCAAAGCCGUAAAGUCCUUAAAAGGUGGACGCCCACCACUUACAAGCAAAAAGCUUUCUACUUCGAAUCAUUCCACUGCUACCACCACAACGAAUGAAGUCAAUCCACGCCGUAAAUCGGCAAAAGCAACUCGAAAGCUCAUAAACACACACCAUCAAUUGCACAAGGCUCGCGCCAUAGCAGUUGCCGGCGAUAACCAGCAACUCGUUCGGGAUCUUGACACGCAAAUUGAGCAGCUGGGUGGUCUGGCAGCAUAUCAAGCAGCAAGUCUGACUGGACAGGAUAAAGACCGAGGCGGCGAUAGUAGCAUCAAGCUCGUCGAGUGGUUGCGGAAACGUGGGCUCAUUGGACAGCAAAGCAAUACGGACCCUGGACAGGAUCUUCGUGUGCUUGAGAUUGGUGCUCUGAGCAGUCAAAAUGCUAUCUCGCGACUUGUUGGUAAGGGUGUACGAGAUGUGAAGAGGAUUGAUCUACACAGUCAGGACAAGAGUACGAUCGAAGAGAUUGAUUUUAUGGAUUUGCCAAUUCCUCUGCACGAUGAAGAUAAGUUUGAUAUCGUGAGUCUGAGUCUAGUGUUGAAUUAUGUGCCGGACGUUGCUCAUCGCGGUAAUAUGUUACGACGAACGAGAGACUUUCUGCGAAAACUGAGUACACUCUCGGAGACCGAUAAGGACGAGCAAGAAGCAAGAGAACCAGCCAAGGACACUCGAUUACCUUGUCUCUUUGUGGUAUUGCCACUGCCUUGCCUAAGCAAUUCUCGAUACAUGACCCACGAACACUUUCUGUCGAUCAUGCAACAUCUCGGGUAUGAGUCGAUUGAGAAGCACAACAGCCAGAAGCUAGCGUAUAUGCUAUUCAGGUUGGACCACGUUCAGCAGCAACGGGACAAGAGCACGGUAUUCAAGAAGAUAGAGCUCAGACCCGGCGGAGAAAGGAAUAACUUUGCGAUCGUCCUGGCGCCAGACUGA